CUCUAGAGCUGAGCAUGCAGAGUUCCGAGGGCGGAUCGGAGUCUCCAGCGUCCGUGGCUCUGCGUCCGUCGGUGGCAGCCCCGCCAGUGCCCGCCUCCCCGCAGAGGGUGCUGGUCCAGGCAGCAGGCCCCGCCCCCAAAGGGGCCCCGAUGCAGCCGACCUCCCUCAGAGUGCAGCAGGUGCCACAGCAGGUCCCGCCCGUGCCGCACGUCUUCCCAGCCCAGGUGCACUACGUGGAGGGGGGCGACGCCGUCUACACCAAUGGCACCAUCCCCCGGCGCCGCCCCCCGCCCGCGCCCCCGCCGGUCGUCCCCUCCCACAGCAUGGUGGGCAUCGCCAUGGACGUCGGGGGGAGCCCCAUCGUCUCCAGCACGGGAGCCUAUCUCAUCCACGGGCCCAUGGACGGUGCCAGACACUCGCUGGCACACACGUCCCGGUCCUCGCCAGCCACGCUUGAAAUGGCGAUUGAAAAUCUCCAAAAAAGCGAAGGCGUCACGUCCCACAAAAGCGGUUUACUCAACAGCCAUCUGCAGUGGCUGUUAGAUAACUACGAGACGGCGGAGGGUGUGAGCCUGCCCCGCAGCUCCCUGUACAAUCACUACCUGCGGCACUGCCAGGAGCACAAGGUGGACCCCGUGAACGCCGCCUCCUUCGGGAAGCUGAUCCGCUCCGUGUUCAUGGGCCUGCGGACCCGGCGGCUGGGGACCAGGGGCAACUCCAAGUACCACUACUACGGGAUCCGCCUGAAGCCUGACUCGCCGCUGAACCGGCUGCAGGAGGACACGCAGUACAUGGCCAUGCGGCAGCAGCCCCUCCACCAGAAGCCCAGGUACCGGCCAGCCCAGAAGACGGACAGCCUUGGGGACAGCAGCUCCCACAGCAGCCUACACAGCACGCCCGAGCAGGCCAUGGCUGUGCAGAGUCAGCACCACCAACAGUACAUAGAUGUCUCCCACGUCUUCCCGGAGUUCCCGGCGCCCGACCUGGGUGGCAUCCUCCUGCAGGAGAGUGUCACGCUGCACGACAUCAAAGCCUUGCAGCUGGUGUACAGACGGCACUGCGAGGCAACCUUAGACGUGGUCAUGAACCUCCAGUUUCACUACAUCGAGAAGCUGUGGCUGUCCUUCUGGAAUGCGAAAGCCUCCUCCAGUGACGGCUCGCCCUCUCUACCUGCCAGUGAGGAGGAGCCCGAGGGCGCCGUCCUCCCCAAGGACAAGCUCAUCACGCUGUGUAAAUACGACCCCAUCCUCAAGUGGAUGCGGAGCUGCGACCACAUCCUGUACCAGGCGCUGGUGGAGAUCCUCAUCCCGGACGUGCUGCGGCCGGUGCCGAGCACCUUGACACAGGCAAUCCGCAAUUUCGCCAAGAGCUUGGAAGGCUGGCUGACCAAUGCCAUGAGCGACUUCCCGCGGCAGGUCAUCCAGACCAAGGUGGGCGUGGUCAGCGCCUUUGCGCAGACUCUGCGGAGGUACACGUCGCUGAAUCACCUGGCGCAGGCGGCCCGCGCGGUGCUCCAGAACACGUCCCAGAUCAACCAGAUGCUCAGCGACCUCAACCGCGUGGACUUCGCCAACGUGCAGGAGCAAGCCUCGUGGGUGUGCCAGUGCGAGGAGAGCGUGGUGCAGCGCCUGGAGCAGGACUUCAAGCUGACGCUGCAGCAGCAGAGCUCGCUGGACCAGUGGGCCCGCUGGCUAGACAGCGUGGUCACCCGGGUCCUGGAGCAGCACGCCGGCAGCCCCAGCUUCCCCAAGGCCGCCCACCAGUUCCUGCUCAAGUGGUCCUUCUACAGCUCCAUGGUGAUCCGCGACCUGACCCUGCGCAGCGCCGCCAGCUUCGGCUCCUUCCACCUCAUCCGCCUGCUCUACGACGAGUACAUGUUCUACCUGGUGGAGCACCGCGUGGCCCAGGCCACCGGCGAGACGCCCAUCGCCGUCAUGGGCGAGUUCAACGAUCUUGCCUCCCUGUCGCUGACCCUGCUCGACAAAGGUGACAUCGGUGAUGGGCAAGGCGGCGAGGCUGACCCAGAAGCGCGCAGCCUGGGCGAGCCCCUGGUGAAGCGUGAGCGCAGCGACCCCGGCCACUCCCUGCAGGACAUCUAGCACCUGGCGGGCGCCUUCCGCGAGGUCCCGGAAGAUGGCGCCCGGCCGCCCUGGGAACCUGGCCUUCGCCGGCCCCACCGCCUUAGUGCCUCUUAGAUGACGUGAUGUUUACGUGACCCUCUGGGGUCCCGGGUCGGCGCUCCCUGAAAGCACCAGAUACUGUUGCUUCAAAAAGGAGGAUGGUUGUUAAAGCUAUAGGAGUUCCUUCGGGGCUGCCUCUGCCAGGCUGUCCACCGGGCUGUGCACCUGGGUACCUGCCCAGCCCCUCGCCGCCUUGUGCCGGGCACACCUGCUGCUCAGGUCCAUGACCAGACCCCUGUACGAGCUGAGGGGCUGUGCUGAGAGCCGGUCCCCUCCUGUCAGCGGUACCCGUCUUCACGGGCAUUUAGAGAAAACACCAGGCAGCCUGGGGAGGGGACAGCCUCCCCCCACCUGUCCUGCCGCUCUCGGGCAGGCUCAGAGCUCGCGGGCGCCCUUGGGGCCCCUCAGGAAGGAGAGCAGAGCACCUCGUCCCCACGCUGCGCCCCAGGGCCCCUGCCCUGCAGACCAGGCCGUGCCCAGCCGACUGACCUCUGGAUGCCAAAGCCUCGUCCCCGGACAGAUCUGCAGCCCGAGAAAACACUCCGCGGAAACAGGACAUUCGUGCCGGGACACGGUGGCGUCUUAAAAAUCAAAACCGGAAGUCUGGUCGGCACCAGGAAGGCCCUGGGGCUCUGUCCCAGUUACUGGCUGCAGGGAGAGAGUGGGGCGGUCCGUGUUCCAGCCACGCUGCUGCCGGGGCCCCAGUGUCUCCUGCAGCGUCAACAUCUCCGUCCAGAUGAGCCACCAGAGAGCGCCCGCCUCCCCACAGCCCCGUCUUCACCGCUGCCGAGUCAGGGCUCCUCUCCGGACACCACGAAUCCACGUCCAUGCAGACGCAGCCAUGGCCCUCAGCCCCCACAGCAACGGCCACGAGGGACAGACCUCCGGCCCAGGGAGCGCCGUCUAAUGAAAUGCAAUAGUUUCCCUUUUUGGAAAUCCGUUUAUACCGGUAGUUUUGUGCUAAUUGUUACUAGAUGGUUUCUUACGAAAAUGUAUAUUGCAGUAUAUUCAGUCCCACAUAUUUUGUUCUCGUUCACGCAGAAGGUACUAACGCCAACUCACGUGGCCUUUCAGCCCCGGACUUCACGGCAGGCAGGAGGUCUGCGUGCCCCUCGGCCUGGGUCGGGGUGCAGGGGAAGCAGGGGGGCGGGGAGAGACAGAUUGUUUACCUUAGAAACAAAGUCCGCCCUGAUCACCGCGCUCGUCCGGUCUCACGGUUCAAGACUCAGAUAAGAUCAGACCGAAGGGAUGCCUUUCGAGCGCACGGCUCCCCUCCCGGAGCCGGCUCGGCUUGCCGCUCAUGGAUUGUAACGACCCGCCUUUUCUCCCGCUCGCGGUAACCAAUACAAACUGGGUUCUGCCUUC